GACUGCAAAAUGUAACUUUGCAGCUAUACUUCCUGUGCGUGCGUGUGUGUGAACUUCUGCCAAAAAGAUCAUGAAGAAAUGCGGUUCAUGAUUUUUUCUGCAAUGCCUCCUCAGCAUGUGACUAUUUUAAUCUGAUUUCCUCCCUGCUUUGUCUUUUUCUAUUAUGCUGGUUUGCCUUUUUUUUUAUUGCAUUCUCUUUGUGUGCAGUUGAUCAGGUUCAGAGAUACUUUUUUUUUGCCAGUUGCUCACAUGCAUAUACGGCGAGGAGCAGACUGACAGCACUUGACAUCCCUCUGCUUCCUUAUUUCAAUAUUAACUGUUUACCAGAAGAGAAACAGGUCUGACGCGAGGCUUGGGUUUUUUAGGGUUUUUUUGUUUGUUUGCUUUUUAUUUUUUGAGUUAGUGAGGAUUGUUUUUUUUUUUCUUUCUCAGUAGCACAUCACCCACAAGGAGCUUCCUCAAACUGCCCAGUGCUGUUUUUCUCUUUAAAAGAGACAGGACUGUGGAAGUGUUUCACUUUCUGGUCUGCUGGUGUAUAGCAACAGCUGCAAAGCUGAGUGCCGCUGCUACUCUGCUCUCAGAGCAAACCUGUUAAAGGAUUUUCCCCCCUCCAUAAGUCAAUAGGCAUGACACAGCUGCAGUUCAAAGAUGCAUUUUGGUGCAAGGAGUUCACUGCCCACUCUGGCUAUGAGGUGCUUGUCCAGCGAAUGUUGGAUGGAAGAAAGAUGGCAAAAGAUGUGGAGGACUUACUCAAACAGAGGGCACAAGCAGAAGAGAGAUAUGGGAAAGAGCUGGUUCAAAUUGCACGAAAAGCAGGAGGACACACAGAAAUCAACACACUGAAGGCAGCAUUCGAGGUCCUAAAGCAACAAAUUGAAAACGUAGGAAACUCUCAUAUCCAGCUGUCAUUGAUGCUGAAGGAUGAACUGAAAGGAAUAGAGGAAUUCAGAGAGAGACAGAAGGAGCAACGAAAAAAGUACGAGAUUGCAAUGGAUCGUGUGCAAAAGAGCAAGGUGUCCCUUUAUAAAAAAACAAUGGAGUCAAAGAAGACCUACGAGCAGAAAUGCAAGGAUGCGGAUGAGGCUGAGCAUGUCUUUGAGAGAACAAGUGCUUCAGGCAACCAAAAGCAAACAGAGAAGAGUCAAAACAAAGCCAAACAAUGCAAAGAUGCAGCAAAUGAAGCAGAGAGGGUGUACAAGCAGUAUAUUGAACAGCUGGAUAAGGCCCGAAUAGAGUGGGAAAAGGAACAUAUCAGCACCUGUGAGGCCUUUCAGCUCCAGGAAUGUGACCGUAUCACCAUCCUCCGGAACUCCCUUUGGGUUCACUGUAACCAGCUGUCCAUGCAGUGUGUGAAGGAUGAUGAGAUGUAUGAAGAGGUUCGGCUGAGUUUGGAGAACUGUAACGUAGAAGCAGACAUAAAUUACUUCAUUCAGAAUAAAACGACAGGAAAAGAUCCACCAGUUCCAAUAGGAUAUGAGAAUUAUUAUGCAAAAGAAUCUCCUAGAUGUAGCAACAGUCCAACCCAGUCUUGUGGGAUGAUGAAAAGAUUCUCUGGAUUGUUGCAUGGAAAUAGCAAAAACUCCAGUGAAGUAGUCAUUCCCACUGCCCCUCCAAUUGAUGAGAAAGUGGAUGGAGUCUAUGCAUCCAUUAAUGUGGGUGAAUCAGCACCGACUGCAGCAUCACUGGACUACAGAGUGCUCUACGACUAUACAGCCCAGAACGACGAUGAGCUGGAUAUCAGUGCGGGAGACAUCGUAGCGGUCAUUGCAGAAGGCGAGGAUGGCUGGUGGACAGCAGAAAGGAAUGGUCAACAAGGAUUUGUGCCAGGGUCUUACCUUGAAAAGCUUUGAUGAAAAGUUGCAUCUGCUUUAAGACCUUAAAAAUGCCUUCAUCUCUAAAAUGGCACACGGUCAGGCACAGCUCAGCAAGGGGAGCCCAUAGCAUUGUCUUCUAAGAUUAUUACUUGGGGCUAAUAAAUUGUCCGUGCCUUUUUCUUUAGGCCUUUCUUUCCACACUGGAGUUUUCCCAGAGAGACUGUGGUGAUUUCCUUCUUACAAAAGCUUUUAUCCCUUUGACUGUCCCUUAAAUGUUGCAUUGAACGCAUUCCAUCGCUGCCUCAAAGCUAUGACAAGUACGGAAAAACACACCCCCCCCAACAAAUAUUACUUACAAAAUGGACAAU